AUGACGAUUAUGGCCAAAAGACUGUCUCUGUUUUGGUGGAUGGCAUUGAAACAGAUUUGGAAAUUAUUGAUCAUCCAGCAUGUGAAAUGUCGACCGAGGCCUUCUGUUCCACCUACAACAUUGACUUGUUUGUCGUGGUCUAUUCUGUGGUGGACCGCAAUUCAUUUAAACAAGCCGAGAGGAUAUUACAAUAUCUGAAGGAGAAUGAAAUGCUAUUAACACGAGGUGCCAUACUGGUGGGCAAUAAGACUGAUUUGGAACGGCAUCGAGAGGUGAAUCGACAAAUGGGUCGCAAAGUAGCCAAAGAGAUAGCCUGUAAAUUCAUUGAAACCUCCUCCGGUUUGGAUCACAAUGUCGAUGAGCUACUGGUGGGCAUUGUCGCUCAAGUUAAAUUAAAUCCUCAACGUUUACGAAAUCUUAGUGAAAAAGAUCGACAGCGACUAAAUCUCCAAAAUGCAAUACAAAAACAUCGACGCCUCUAUGCACCACCACGACGGAUGGUACGUCAGAUGUCAAUGUGUCAGGCAGAGGAUGAAGACGACGAUACGGGUCACGAUGAAAAUCAAUCGAAUAAUAUUAUGGGCGAUGAAGGCAUUGGGACGGGAAGUGAACGUACGGCCAGUACAAGUCUCUCCUCGGCGAGUACAACAAAAACUGGCCCUGUACGAAAACCGAAUAAACGAACAUUGAAUUUAGAAAGCAUUUUGAAAAUGGGUGAAAGUGAAUUGGAGGAUGAAGAAGAAGCUCAACGUAUGGCCUGCUCCGGCAACUAUGGUUAUGGUCAAGCAGCGAAGCCCAUUAGUAAAUUUGAACUAUUAACCGGGGGUGGCGGAGGGGGAGGUAUUGGCAACAAGGCAACGGCCAAUGUUCGCACACCAUUUGGCAGUGUCAAUUCGUCGCCCAAGUCGCGUAAAUCCUAUGACAGCAGUUCGGGUAUUGGCAGCUCAAAGGGCAUGAUGAGCCAUGACACUGCCCAACACUAUGGAGAAACUCAGGCUGAAGAUUCAUUGCUCAACGACUGUAAUCGUAAAACGGUUUCAAAACUCACCAGCCGCACCAAGGUCUUCUUGUCGUCGGUGUUACGUUUCAAGAAGGCCAUUAACGUGGCCAAGCGACGAAAUUCCUCCAGUUGUAGUGAUUUGUUUGUUAUUUAAGAGGAAGCAA